UCCCUGUGGCCGUCGACUGUACAAUGGCUGCGGGUUUUACUACCAGUGUGCGUUGAGACGGAAAACAUGAAAUAGGGGACAUUUUGGUGCUGUGCAGGAAAAGCAUCUCCUGCGUAAAUACUUCAAAAAAAAAUUACCCAGGAUGGAAAAGACGUUGAUGGGAUAAGUGUUCGUGUUGUUGUGGCGCCGCGCAAUGGCCCCGGGCGUCGCUGACUGCAUUUGGUUGCAAAGUUGACUCCAGAUAUUUUAUGACAGCUUUAUUUCCUUCCUCGCCUCGGCAGGAGUAGCGAGGCGCGCGCGUAGCGAGUGCUGUCGAAACACAGUCUCCGUAUGUCACGAUAAAGUAUGGACGGGUGGAGCCCUAUCGUCGCGACGGCUUCGGAUAACGACCCGUCCAGCUCCGAGGGGGAGUACGUGGUGGAGCCCGGACCCGGAGAGGAAGAAACCCGGGGCGCGUCGGACAAGCAGCAGCUGGGCACAGUGGAGAGGAUGGACGACGGGGGCGCCGCCGCCGCCGCCGCUGUCGGCUUCGGGAUGAGUGGUAUCGGAGAGGGCAAGGUGGUGUUGGGUCGAGCCGGGCAGAGGGAAGACAAAGAACUCCGGUACCUGCACUUGUUGUGGGAGCCGGGGCGAGCAGAGCUCGGCGGCCCCGGCGGCGUGGCGGGCAAGCUGGGGAAGAUGACGGGGAGCGGCCGGGCCCGGCGACACCACAGAGCCGCGCGGAGCCUGGGUCCUCUCGGGAAAGAUAUCUACGCUGUGAAAAGACUGAGGGAGGCCGCGAACAGCAACGAUAUCGACACAGUUCGGAAGCUCCUGCUGGACGACACAGACCCCUGUGCAGCUGACGACAAAGGGAGGACUGCUCUUCAUUUCUCCUCCUGCAAUGGCAAUGAGAGCAUUGUGCAAUUGUUGCUGGGCCACGGCGCUGACCCCAACCAGCGAGACAGUCUGGGAAAUACCCCCCUCCAUCUGGCGGCCUGUACGAACCAUGUGCCUGUAAUCACCACAUUGCUCAGAGGAGGAGCCCGUGUGGAUGCCCUCGACCGAGCGGGCAGGACCCCACUGCAUCUAGCGCGCUCCAAGCUCAACAUUCUGCAGGAAGGAGAUUCUCGCAGCUUAGAAACCCUGAGAGGCGAAGUCACACAGAUAAUUCAAAUGCUGAGGGAGUACCUGAACUUAAUGGGCCAGAGCGAAGCUAAAGAGAGGCUGGAACGCAUUUCGACACAGCUGCAGCACACACGCACCAAAGAGCAGGUGGAUGAGGUGACUGACUUAUUGGCCAGUUUCACAUCACUCAGUCUACAGAAACAGAAUUUAGGGGACAGGUAGACAAAGUGUAUGUGGAACUGAAGUCGUGGUCUUUUUCAAGCAAGUCUCUGCUUGACUAGCCUUCGUUUGACAAGUAAACCUGAAUCAUGAGGCCGUGGUUUUCUGUCCUUAUUCCAAACAAAGUAUUUACCUACAGUAAAAAAGGUUUGGAACACUGGAACACUUGUCAUUUUAUAAUGUGCUAAUGACGAAGAAUAAUAUGCCAACAAUGCUUACAAAAUUAUCCUGGUUAAAUUGAAAAGAUGCUUCAGAUUUCAAUGGCCCAUACUGUAGUGUAGCAGAUAAUCACUCUGCUUAUUGACAGAUAUCAGCUUUUAGGAAGAAAGAUAAAAGAAACCCCGAGGGGCAAAAUACAUUCAGAACACGAAGCUGGUGGAGACGGAAGCCAAGCUACUGCAGUGGGACCUCGGCUCCCUUUUGUGUUUUUGUGUUUGUGUGUGUGUGUGUGUGUGUGUGUGUGUGUGUGUGUGUGUGCGCGCGCUGACAUGUUCUCACACUGCCUGUUGUUAUUAGUCAAGCUCUAUAUUCAUUAUGAGAUGUAGUUCUUGUGAAGUGAGUGGACAGCUUUCACCACUUUGGAUUUCUUUUCAGCGCCAACUUUGGAUCACAAUGCCUUUUUCUCUUGUGUUGCAUGUCACGUUUUUGUAUGUGAACUGUAUUGUAAAAUUGGCUCGGAUGCUGUUGGAAAAUUGAUAUUUGUGAAACAAUAAAUUAGUAUGUUUGAAUACA